AUGACGAAACAUGUUGGUGUGAGGAGUUUAGUAUUGUUGUUUCUAAUAGUUGUGAAUUUGUGUUUCGUAUUGUCGAUUCAACCUUCGUAUACUGUGAAACAUAUUAGUUUGGUAGGGUUUAAUCAACCUGAAGGAAUUGCUUUGGGAAAUAGUGGUGAAAUUUACGUUUCAGAUACGAAAAAUCAUUUAGUAAAACGAAUAGAUUCGAAUAGUGGGGCAAUAACAAUUGUGGCUGGAACUGGAGCUUUUGGAUCUGAUACUAAUACGAAUGCAACAUCUGCCAAGCUUUAUUCUCCCAGUGGUUUAGCUGUCACAAUUGAUGGCAAAUUAUUGAUUGCUGACACUUCGAAUCAUGCUAUUAGAGAAGUCAGCAAUGGAAUAAUUAGGACAAUAGCUGGAACGGUUGGAAUAUCUGGUACUACCAAAGAUAAUGUUAAUGCCACAUCCACUAACAUUUUCAGUCCAAAAUAUAUUUCCACACUUUCGAAUGGUGACAUUUACUUUAGUGAAUUUCUUAAAAUUAGAAAAGUUUCAUCGGGAAUAAUUACAACACAGCCAAUAGCAGCCACUCAACCAAAUGGAUUAGCAGUCUUUUCCUCAACUGAAAUGUUUAUAUCCGAAACUGACUUGCAUAGACUAUCCAGGAAUGUAUCUGGUACUUCUACAACCAUAGGAGGUGUAACUGCAGAUUAUAUUGAUGGAAACACAACAAUUGCAAAAUUUAAUUCACCAACUGGUGUUGCUUAUGGACCUAGUAAGGAAAUUUACAUUGCCGACAAAAUGAAUCAUGUCAUUCGUAUGAUUGAAUUUGUUGGAAUGAGUGGAACUGUUUCUGUGAUAUCAGGUAUUGCAAAAUCUUCAGGAAAUGAUACUUUGAGAUUGAAUAGUCCUGUUGAUGUUGCUGUCAAUUCACAGAAGGAAGUUUUUAUUCUUGAUAGUGGAAAUAAUAGAAUUAGAAAGUUGACACCUUAUUGUAAUUCGACAUAUUUCUAUAAUGUAACAUUGAAUGAGUGUAUUCCUGUUUGUUUUGGAGUGGUUCAGGGUCAAGCAGAUGUUUGUUCAGGUAGAGGAUCUUGUUUUACACCUGACAAUUGCACAUGUUUUAAUAAUACUUUGUGGGGAGGAGAAAAUUGUCAAUUUCCAAUGUGUAAGAACAUUCUAGCAAGUAAUUCAUCUGUUUGUUCAGGAAGAGGAGCAUGUAUUGGCACAAAUAAUUGCACAUGUCAAAAUUCCUGGGGAGGUCAAUAUUGUGACAUUCCAAAAUGUGCAAACAUUUUAGCAAAUGGCAAUGGAGUUUGUUCUGGAAGGGGUUCAUGCAUUGAUGCAAAUGUUUGUAAUUGCACAAAUCCACAACAGUAUGGAGGACCUAAUUGUGAAUUUCCAAAAUGUUCGAAUAUUUUAGCAAAUAAUAAUCAAGUUUGCAAUUCGAAUGGUCAAUGUAUUGCUCCAAAUAAUUGUUCAUGUGAAGAUGGAUAUAGUGGAAGAGACUGUGAACAAUAUUCAUGUUAUGGAGUGUUAAAGAAUUCUACACUUGUUUGUUCUGGAAAGGGAGUUUGCAGUUCAUUGAAUAAUUGUACUUGUCAGACAGGAUUUUAUGGAACUAAUUGUCAAUACUAUAAUUGUUUUGGAGUAAGGAAUGAUCUGAAAAAUGUUUGCUCCUCAGUUGGUAAUUGUUCAAACGUUGACACUUGCAACUGUACCAAAAAUUAUUAUGGACGUAAUUGUGAAAUUUAUGAUUGUUAUGGAAAGGCUGUUAAUUCAUCCAAUGUUUGUUCUUCCAGAGGUGUUUGCUCUUCAAUUGAUAACUGCACUUGUUCACAAGGAUAUUAUGGUAAGGAAUGCGAAAAGUUUGAUUGCUUUGGUGUGAGUUCACUCAACUCAACUGUUUGUUCAAGUUCAGGAAAUUGUACUCAGUUCAAUAAGUGUGGAUGUAAAUCAGAAUUUUAUGGAUCGAAUUGUGAAUUGUUUGAUUGUUUUGGAAAGUCAAGAUUGAAUGCAAGUGUCUGUUCUUCUGUUGGUUCUUGUAUUUCUCCAAAUAUUUGUUCUUGUCAAUUAGGAUACUCUGGAUCAAAUUGUGAGACAUUCAAUUGCUCUAGAGCUGGAAAUCAGACAGUUUGUAAGAAUGGAAAUCAAUGUUCUGCCACUACUGGACGUUGUUUGUGCUCAUAUGAAUGGGGAGGAGAUAAAUGUGACAAGGUGAAAUGUUAUUCCAUUACAUUUGACAAUGCCACUGUUUGUUCAGGUCAUGGAGUUUGUUCAGGAUACAAUAAUUGUACAUGUAAUAAGGAUUAUUAUGGAUUUGACUGUUCACUCAUCAAAUGCUAUGGAAUUCUUUCAAAUAAUGCAAGUGUGUGUUCAGGAAAAGGAAUCUGUCUAAGAACAAAUCAAUGCAACUGUCAAAAUGGAUCUUCAGGCAAUGAAUGUCAAUACAGUGAAUGUUAUGGAAAGAUACAAACAGAUCCAAAUGUUUGUUCAAGUAAGGGUCAAUGUGUUUCUCCAAAUAAUUGCAAAUGUGCAAAGGAUUAUGUUGGAAAGGAGUGCGAAUUAAUUAGUGUUAAUUUGGAUAUUGAAAAUGCAUUAAUUUAUUCAUAUUCUGAUGUUCUGAAUACCUAUUUGAAUGAUUCUGUGAUUGAUGGCUGCGACAAGAUAAUUGAAAAGAAUGAGAUUGCUAAGCUUGGACAAGUUGAGUUGACCAAAUGUCAAUGGAGAAGAAAUAAUUUUAAACUCUUUUUGGGAUAUGAACACUCUAUUACGAACGGUUCUAUUAUUAAGGCCCAGUUUGGUUUCUCAAUUAGAGUUGACUUGUCAGAGACAGGUGCAUCAUUCCCAGCAAUUAUGGAUUUACCUGAAUUCAUUCCAUCAUCCCAAGAUUUAAUAAUUAGGUCAGUCAUUCCCUCAACCUAUCAUCAUUUCAAGAGAAUAUCUCAAUACUGGACUUCACCAACCAGUUCUGUUAAUUCAUGGUUGAAUAAUUACUCAAACAAGACAGUAAUUAGAAUUCCUUACAGUUCAAUUUUGACAGGUAUUAACACAUUUGAUAUUUCACUGAAAAGUUCAAAUGAUAUGAAUUCUAUUUCUUCAAUUUCAAAAACUAUCAAGUUAGGUGAAUCAUCACUUCCUUCAUUUAACAUUUUGACUUCAAGAGAAGAGAAUUGCGUUGGAAAGAAUGAUUGUUUAUUUGAAAUACAAUCAAUUAGUGUGAAUAGUUCACUUUCGUUUGAAUUAUUUGGUGGUAUUAGAUCAGAAUUAUUGAAUAAGCAGCUGUUUAGAAUUAUUACAAAUAGUACAUCAUCAUCCAAUUUGAAAGUAACUUCUACUCAAACUAACACUCAAUCAACAGUACAAAUCAGUUAUCCUUUUUCAAUUCCAACCAAAAUUCCGACAAUUGAUUUUAGAUUAACAAAUGUCAAUAGAACUUAUUCCUUGAGCUUGAACAAAUUAACUAUUGGCUUAGAAAGUGAUGAUUCAUUUGUCAAGUCCUUAUCACCUACUUCUUAUUCUUGGUAUUGUUACAGAACUAGUUCGGACAAGUCAACUAUCAUUGCACAAAAUUUAUGUAAUGCUCAAAAUUUAAAUCAAUUACAAGUAGAUUUUAACAGUAUGGGAUUAUCAGUAGGAAUGUUUAUGAUUGGUGUUAAUGUUACCAUUUCAGAAAAUGUUUACUCAUACUUUGGUUUUAUUGAACUUGUGAAUUCAGAUAUUUCAGCACCGAAAAUAACACCAGAUUACAUUCCAACUAUUUAUCCAUCUGGCAGUUCUUUAAGUUUACAUUGUAUUGUUGAAUCUGACAGUGCAGUUGUGGAAUAUGGAUGGAAAUUGGCUUCAGGAAAAUUGAGAAAUGCUAUUCCAAGUCUUGGAUCAUUUACAAGUUUCAAACCUCUUAUUGAAAACUCAUUUGAAAUUUAUUUGAAUAUUGAUUCAACAUAUUUGAUAGAAGGAGAAUGGUAUGAAUUUGAAUUGACUGUUAAAAAUUCAGUUGGAUCAUCAAAAUUAUCUCUUUCCACAAGAAUUGAUUUUAAACCAAGAUUUACUUGUUCAGUUGACAAUUUAAAGAAUUCAGAUAACACUGCUUAUGAGAGUUUAAUUGCAAUUAAUUGUAUUAAUCUCCCACAAGACAGAGUAUCCUCUAUUGUUAUGGAAAUAGACACUCCACAAUAUGAAAGGUUAUUCAUUAUUUCGAAUACUUUGAAAAAGACAAUUGUAACCUCAUUUCCAUUUUAUGAUGGUAAUUUAAUAUUAAGAGUCAAAAUGGUGAAUGAGUUUGGAUCAAUCAGUGAAUUUACAAGGAAUUUAACAAUGAACUUACCAGAAAGAAUUUCAUGGUAUUCCAAUAAUUUAGUUUCAAGAAUUGAUUAUGUAAGAGAUGAAUUAACAAUUCUAAAACAAUCCAAGCCACUCACUAUUGACACAAUUAACUCACUGAAUGCUUUGCUAUCUUUGAUUAUUCAAAAUGGUUCAUUAACUCAAGUGAGUGAAAACAUUCUUACUUUGAAUGGUGGUACAAUUAACAAAUUUGUUUCACUGCUUGUUGACAUGUUGGUAAUGAUGAAAGAUAUUCCUUCACUAACCUAUCAAGUUGAUGAAAAGGUUGUUCAAUUAAUUAUUCCUUCACUUUCGAAUAUUUUCAAAUUAUUGAAUAACGUUUCUAAUAUUUCAACAAGUUCAGAAUUGGAAUGGUGGUUAAAUUGGAUAUUUACAUCAAUGAGCAAUGCAGGACAAUACUAUUCUACAAGUAUUUUCAAAACUCUUUUGGAUUCAAAUCAUUUUGAGGAAAUUGCUAAUUUGAAAACUCUGCUUUCCAAUAUUUAUUCUAAUAACGCAACAAAGCAAAGUGAAAUGGCAAGAUAUCAUUUCGAAUAUUACAAACUUACCAGACAGUCAUCAUCUGAUGGAUCUAUUUUCAGUCAAGUGUUACCUCUUGUAAAUCAAUUCAAUUCCAAAACAUUUGACAUUUCUAAAAAUGGAAUCAAUGUCAAAAUAUCAUUCCCAAAUGAUUUUUCAACACAAAUUCAAACUGUAGGGUACAAUUCUAUAAUAUUCUAUGCAUUAACCAUGAUUAAUAAUGAUACUGACAAUGGAAAUAUAAUGAGUAAUAGACCUUCUUUGGAAUUAUCCAUUUUUAACAAGGAUAGUAAUUUGGUUAAGGUUGAUAACUUGAUUAAUCCAAUCAUUUUCAAAUUUGAAGGUUUAUCAACAAGUAACAAAACCUCUAUCAAUGCAUCAUGUGUUUACCUUGACUCUUCCAAUAAUUGGUCUCAAUCAGGAAUCAAAACAUUCCUUUCUAUUACCAAACGAGUGGGUGAUUUGAUGUAUUUUGAUUUAGAAUGUCAAGUAUCUCAUUUAAGUUUGUUCACCAUCCAAGAGUUACCAUAUAUUAAUUCAAUAAUUAUUCCACCAAAUCCACCACCAACUAGCCAAUCCAGUGAUCUGAGACAAAUUGAUAAUACUCAACAAGGCACAAAUGAUGGAGCAAUAGCAGCAGCUGUUAUUGUUCCGAUUCUGGGUAUUUUAAUUAUAGUUACCAUUAUCGUUAUUGUUGUGUUGAUUAUUGUAUGGAUGAUGAGAAAGAAAAAAGCAGCAGAUUCUUCAACAAGUGUAGCUAAUGUGAAAAGUGGAGAUAUUGAGCUAUUCUAUGAUAACUUGCCAUCCCAAGCCAAAUAUGUCAAACCAACAAGUGCAUACAGUUUCAAAUUAGACAGUGCCUAUAUUAGUGAGGUUUUCAAUCCUCAUUUGAGAUAUACCAAUAUUGCAAGAAUAGGAAGUGGAAGAACAUUUAAGGUAAUUGAUACAGUCAAAACAUAUCCAAAAACCAUUAAGAUUGUCAAUUACAAAUCAGAGGAUGACUUGAACAAAUUCCUAAAAGAAGCAGUGCAUCUUAUGAAUACCAACAAUCCUCAUAUCUCUAAAAUUAAUGAAAUGUUUAUUAGUACAGAAGAUCCAAAGCUUUUUAUUGAUAUGGAUUACUUUGAAAUGGGAGAUUUCUCAAAGCUGACCAAUAGAAAUUUCAAUCUAUCAGAAAACUUAAUCAAACAAUUAAUUUACCAAUUAUGUUUAGCCUUGGAAUUUGCUCAUUGUACCGAGAAAAGUAUUCACGGCAACAUCAAAACAUCCAAUUUACUGAUCAAGAGUUUGACUACUGAUGCUAUUGAAAGUGUUAUCACAGAUUUUGGACUGAAUUGUUUUGAGAAUAAUAUUGAUCCAAUAUUUGCAUCUCCUGAAAUGGUUUCUGGUUACAAAUAUUAUUUCAACACUGACAUAUUCAGUUUAGGAGUAGUUUUAUAUCAAAUAAUGACAAAGGACGUUGUAACUUCAAUUUCUGAACUGUAUGGACAUAAAGAUCAGAAAGAGGUUGUUCAAGUAUUGCGGAAAACACUUGGAGAAAGAUAUUCUGAACAAGUGAUUGAGUUGGUAUUGAGUAUGCUUGAGAAGGAUAAUUUAACUAGACCACAAGCACAAGAUAUUCUUUCAAAUCCAAUGCUUUCAGAAUUUAAAAAGAGAAAAUAA